AUGGCGGGCAACAACACAGCAAGCUGCUCCGUGGUGCCCGACACCACACCCACGGACGCCGGAGUCGCCGGCGCAGGCACACUGCUCAGUUUCAUAAUAACGAAUUUCAUAUCCAUCUUCCUCGCCGCCGUCAUCAUCCUCCUCGGCCUGCGCAAGUCGACUUCCGCCCCAAUAUGUCGAAAACUCCUCCUCUCCUUCAGCGACCAGCAGAUCAUCACAGGAAUCGGCAUCCAGUCCAUCGGCCUCGCGAAAAUGAACACCAUGGUACCCUACCACUUCUUCAUCAUCUGGCUGCUCUCCUUGCUCUCUACCGCGACGAAUCUAGCUACUCUUCUCGCUCUCGUAAACGACUUCAAGCGCGACUGGGUCCUCCGCUGGCUGCGGCAGUUCUUCAUGCUGGUGAAUAUGCUGCUCGGCGUGCUCUCGGGCAUCUUCAUCCUGCAGAGCGUGAUGAAGGAUUUGGAGCCUAUGCUGCCCAUCGCCUGUGUCUGGGAAGUCGAGAAAAGGCCGGCCUCGUCCAACGCCGCGCUCAGUGUAACCGGCACUAUUGCCGUCAUCGCUGGCCAGGUCAUCGUCUUCGUCCUCUCCACGCUCUACCUGCACACACGCACAAAUCCUCGCUGGUUGAAGUCAGUGCAGGUUGUCGGGCUCGUCAUCCUGAUCGCCAUGGGCGUCGGCGCCACGGUGCGCGUUGUGAUGGUCAGCCAGGCGUUUGGCACAGCACCGGCUAGCGUAAAACUUGUAGGAAGCAGCGAGAAGGACUGGAGUUAUGGGCAAUUGCUUCCGCUAUUGUUGCUAGCUAUGCCUUUAAUCAGCUUAAUUGAGGUGAUGAGAGGCGAGACCAGGACGCCGCCGAAUAAGGUAGAUGAUGAGACUGAGGGGUUGCUUGGGGAGAUGGAGUUGCAGUAUCAGCCGAAUCCGCUUUGGGGGAAGAAGUGA